AUGGCCACCCGAAUAAUUGACGAAAAAGCGACGCGGACACAGACUGGCCAUGCCGAUGGUAUGCAAAGUCGGACUCUAGAGAUCUUAGACAGCUUUGGCAUUAUCGAUCCGAUUCUGCGACAGGGAGUCUCGGAUGUUGAUAUGGGCUAUUGGGCUCUCAACAAUGAGACAGGCAGAAUUGAACGACGCAAGAGACACGGAUCAUCACCUGGAAAAUUGUCGAGAUAUGGUCAAAUCCUGCUUAACCAAGGGGCUGUGGAGGAGGUGUUCCUUGACUACCUAAAAGGCAAAGGACAGAAGGUCGAACGAAAUCUGCGGGCGGUCUCCAUGGAAAUCAGUCAAGGUUCCAGGAAUCCAGAGGAUGACUUUCCAGUGGCUGUGGAAGUGAAGAGAGUCUCGCACAAAGAUGACGAGAAAAGCUCGGAAGCAAACGAGGUGAUCCAUGCUCGGUAUGUCAUUGCGUGCGAUGGCGCGCAUAGUUGGGCCCGGAACCAGUUGAAUGUCCCUGUUGAGGCAAGGUCCGAAGACUCCACCUGGGGCGUCAUAGAUAUAGCACCUAUAACAGACUUCCCUGACAUUCGCCAAUCUUGUGCAAUACAAUCGGAGCCCCACGGAAGCAUCAUGACAGCGCCCCGAGAGAACCGACUGGUCAGGUUCUAUAUCCAUCUAGACGAAGACGGGGAGUCAAAGAUCGGAAUGGAUCAUUCUGAUAUCGGUCCCAAGGACUUGGUCGAUAUGGCACAGAAGAUCAUGAAGCCAUACCAACUGACCUACAAGUAUUGUGACUGGUGGUCAAUAUAUCCGGUCAGCGUCUGGCCACACAAUACAGACCAAAUGAACGGUAUGGAAAGUCCUUCGGAACAGCUGAGCGGCAAGCUGAUCAUUUGCAGGGUCUUCCUAGCAGGCGACGCAGCACAUACCCACUCCCCAAAAGGGGGCCAAGGAAUGAACAUAUCCAUCCAAGAUACAUAUAAUUUGGUUUGGAAGCUCGGGUCUGUUAUCACCGGAAUUGCAGACCCCAUUAUACUCGAAACAUACCACACCGAGCGGCAUCCAGUUGCCGAAGAAUUGAUGGAGUUAGACACCCAGCUCGUACACGCAUACCAGGACGACGAAAACGAAAGCCCUACCGGAGCUAAACAGGAUAGCGAUUCCGGGGGUAUUGACAGUAUUCGCGAGAGAUUUUCUGGGUUCAUGGCUGGGGUGGGGGUUACUUAUCCGCACAGCGUCUUGGUAGCAGACGAGAAAUGCACCAACUCGAGCGUUGCGAAAAACAUCAAGCUAGGGAUGAGGCUUCCGUCCUUCCGGGUCAUAUACCAGUGCUCCGGAAGCCGUAUACAUUUGACAGAGAGACUGACUAGUGAUGGGUCCUGGAGACUACUCGUCUUUCCUGGUGACUUGCGUCGGCCCGGGAAAAUGGAUGAUCUGAUUUCUUUCGCAGAGACAUUGAGCUGCCGCUCUCACCUAUCACAUUUGAGAAAGAAGCAAGGUAGCAGGGGCCGCUCACUUCCCCUUGAGCCUAUUCUCAUUCAUUCGAGCCCGAUUGACUCGAUCAACCUCUUAGAACUUCCAGAGAUCUUUCAUCCAUUCGACGAGACCAUGGGAUGGGACUACUGGAGAGUAUUUUCUGAUGAUGGAACAUAUGAUAAAGAGCCUGGCCAGGCAUAUAAAGGGUACGGCAUUGAGGAGCAGAGUGCGGGGUGUCUUGUGCUAUGUCGACCUGAUCAGCAUGUUGCGUGGAUGGGAAGUCUCCAGGAUGUGGCCGGUUUGGACAACUAUUUUGCCGAAUUUUGUAAAUAG